AUCGAAUGGUUUCUGUUCACAUUCAACAUCUCUAUUUUAUCUUUUUUCUUCUUCUCCUCUGUCCUACUCCUACCGGAUGAUAUUGCUGAUCGACGAAAAUUACAAUGCAUGGAACUACUGCUUCGAUUAAGCUAUGAAUAUUGUGGAAAUUUUGUAGAAAUAUUUUUUGGUCCUAGAAUGCGAAUUAAAUUCACGAGAUUUCUUGUCAACAUACCAUAUCUAAUUAGAACUCAGAAAUAUAAAUCACUCAAAAUAACUGACGAAAAAAUUGGAGGAGUGCCAGUCAGAAUUUAUCAACCAGAAAUGCGGAAAAAUCGCAAAUGCAUUAUAUAUAUUCAUGGUGGCGGUUGGUGCAUUAUGCAACCAGUGUACUAUGAUGGCUUUCUUUGUCCAUUGACAAAAAAAAUGAGUACUACUGUGAUAUCUAUAAAAUACCGUCUCGCUCCUGAAAAUCCAUUCCCAAUACCUUUAACAGACUGCGAAACCGUUUACCGCCAAUUGAUAAUUAGUGAUUAUAAGAAAUACGAUAUUGAUCCAGAACAAAUUUGCUUAAUGGGAGAUAGUGCAGGAGGGAACUUGGGAACUGUUAUUAUACAACGUCAACUUCGAAAAAACCUGUCUCUUCCAAAGUGUCAAGUGUUGAUCUAUCCAGUAUUACAUGCAUUUAAUUUCAAAUCGCCAUCAUAUCAACAUUAUCACCAAAAGUUGCAUGGUACAUCAUUAUUGAAUCCUCGAAUGAUAGCUCGAUGGUUCUUAUCUUAUCUUGGCAUACCUGCAACGAAAAAAAAUGUCAAUCAUUUGCUCAAUAAUGAUCAUUUUCUCAAUCAAGAAUCGCUAUUUUUAAUUCACAAACUUUUUAAAAUUGGUUAUAUUUUUUCUAAUUCAUUUUUCAUUCAGAUAUGUAAAUUGUUUGAUGAAAAUGGCUACAAUCCAGAUUUCGCUCCAAUUAUGGGAAAAAAUUUAGAGGGCAUGUGUCAAACUCUGGUUGUCACCGUUGGUUAUGAUAUUUUACUGGAUGAGGAAAUAAUGUAUAUCAAAAAAUUAAGAUCGUAUGGUGUUAAAGUGCAUUGGAAUCAUUACCCUUCUGCAUAUCAUGGAAUUCUUAAUAUGCCAAUGAGUAGCCUCAAGAAAAAGAUAACUGAAGAGAUCGCUGCUUAUUUAGAGUCUAAUUUAUGA